AUGGGCAAUUGUGCAUCACCUCAAUACACAAACAAGGUUGGUGGUGGUGGUGGUCUAAACUGGCCAUCCACAGCCAAAAUCAUUCACGUAGAUGGAAGGCUACAAGAAUUCAGGCAACCAAUCAAAGCCAGCCAUAUACUCUCCCUGAACCCCAAAAGCUUUCUCUGCAGUUCAGAAUCCAUGUACAUUGAUUGUCACCUACCUCAAGUGCCAGAUGACGAGGAACUACAAUUGGGUCAACUUUAUUUCCUCGUGCCACUAUCCAAGUCAAAUGUCCCGUUAUCCUUACAAGAAUUAUGUGCACUUGCUAGCAAAGCUAGUGCUUCUCUUGCUCAGUCGGACAACAUGGGUUUUACGCCGAACAAAACAAUAUUGCCGUAUUCGGAUAGAAGUGACCCAAAAAUCCUGGCCACUGAUGAAUGGUGUUGUAAGAUUCCGGUUGCAUUGACCCAAUCCGCGAAUUGGUUACCAAAAUCACAGAAUUAA